AUGACCGAGGAGGGCAUUUCGUUGAAGAAUCAGGUCGGGUUUGAUGCGUUGCAUAUUGCUGCAAAUCAAGGGCAAAAAGCCAUUGUCCAGGUGCUGUUAGACUAUGACCCGGGGCUUAGCAAAACAGUUGGCCAGGCAAAUGCUACCCCUCUUGUAUCUGCAGCUACAAGAGGGCAUACAGCAGUCGUCAAAGAAUUACUAUCAAAAGAUCCUAGUUUGCUGGAUGUUUCUAAAUCCAAUGGGAAGAAUGCAUUGCAUCUUGCUGCACGGCAGGGGCAUGUAGAUAUUGUGAAAACUUUGCUUGAUAGGGGUCCACAACUAGCAAGAAGAACGGAUAAGAAAGGACAGACUGCUUUGCAUAUGGCCGUAAAAGGUGUCAGCAGUAAAGUGGUGAGGUUGAUUGUCGAAACGGAUCCAGCUAUUGUCAUGCUUCCAGACAAGUUCGGCAAUACGGCAUUACAUGUGGCCACCAGGAAAAAGCGAGUAGAGAUAGUCAAUGAACUGUUACUCGUUCGUGACACAAAUGUGAAUGCUCUAACAAGAGACCAUAAAACAUCCCUUGAUAUAGCUGAAGGACUUCCUUACUCUGAAGAAAUCACAACAAUUAAGGAAAACUUGACUCAAUACGGUGCUGUCCGAGCAAAUGAACUUAACCAGCCAAGGGAUGAGCUUAGAAACACUGUGACAGAGAUAAAAAAGGAUGUCCAUACUCAGCUUGAACAAGCUCGCAAAACCAACCAGAGUGUUAGUGGAAUUGCCAAGGAGCUCCGUAAGCUACACAGGGAAGGAAUCAAUAAUGCCACUAACUCAGUCACAGUGGUUGCUUCACUCUUUGCAACAGUAGCAUUUGCAGCUAUAUUUACACUUCCUGGUGGCGAUUUAGACUCUGGGGAGGCUGUGGUGUCGUUCCGUGUAUCCUUCAAAAUCUUCUUCAUUUUUAAUGCUCUUUCGCUCUUCACAUCAUUGGCUGUUGUUUUGGUACAAAUCACCCUCGUCAGAGGGGAAACAAAGACGGAGAGGAGGGUUGUGGAAGUGAUCAAUAAGUUGAUGUGGCUGGCCUCUGUCUGCACUACAGUAGCAUUUAUUUCUUCAGCAUAUAUAGUGGUUGGCCGGCGUAAUAUAUGGGCUGCAAUCCUUGUCACAGUUAUAGGGGGAGUUAUAAUGGCAGGAGUUCUUGGUACCAUGACAUAUUAUGUGGUGAAGUCCAAAAAGUUUCGUAGAGUGAGGAAGAGAGAGAAGAUGUCGAGGACUGGAACCAUCUAUUCCUCGCGUCACUCAGAGUCUGAUUCAGAAAUUAACCGUAUAUAUGCCCUGUAUCAGGGAGGACAUACUCCAAUUAGAGGAUCCAAGAUGUUGACAAUGUUUCUACAGAAGACAAUGGAAGCUCCAGUGAGGCAACAGAGCUUCAGUGAGAAGAAGAUGACUAAGCAGUUAACAGGAAAACGUGAAGACACUCCCUUGCAUUUGGCAGCAAGGCAAGGAAAUUUGGGAUUGAUCAUAGAAAUCAUCUCUAAUUGUGGGGAGGCGGAUUUGAAUGAAGUGUUGUCGAAGCAGAAUCAUUCGGGUGAAACCGCCUUAUAUGUGGCAGCUGAAUGUGGCUAUGUUGAUUUGGUGAAGGAAAUGAUGAAAUACUAUGAUAUUGGUUCAGCUGGCAUCAAAGCUAGAAAUGGCUUUGAUGCAUUUCACAUUGCUUCCAAGCAAGGGAACUUAGAGGUGCUGAAGGUCCUCAUGGAGGCCAUUCCAGAACUUUCGAUGACCGUUGAUCACUCAAACAGCACAGCAUUGCACACUGCUGCAGCACAGGGCCAUAUUGAAGUAGUUAAUUUCCUCUUGGAGACCGGUUGCAGCUUGGUGUCCAUAGCACAACGCAAUGGGAAAACUGCCUUGCAUUCUGCAGCAAGGAAGGGGCAUUUGGAGGUGGUCAAGGCCCUUUUGAGUAAAGAAACUGGAAUUGCAACAAGAAAUGAUAAGAAGGGGCAGACAGCUCUCCAUAUGGCAGUCAAGGGACAGAAUGUUGAGCUGGUAAAUGAGCUAGCGAAGGCAGAUCCUUCCUUAAUAAACGUGGUCGAUAACAAGGGCAACACUGCCUUGCACAUAGCAACCCAGAAAGCUCUAGUUCAGAUUGUGCGGGUGCUGUUAAGUUAUAAGGGAGUGGCCAAAACCACCAUUAACAAAUCUGGAGAAACUGCUCUUGACACUGCUGAGAGAUCGGGGCACUCACUGAUCGCUGCUAUUCUAGUAGAGCAUGGCAUUGAAAGUGCCAAAUCCAUAAAGCCACCAACUUUAAACACAAACCGUGAACUCAAACAAACUGUAAGUGAAAUAAAACACGAGGUGCAUGACCAGCUUAAGCACACAAGACAAACACGAAAGCAAGUGCAUGGUAUGGUAAAGCGGCUCAGCAAAAUGCAUUCAGAGGGACUAAACAAUGCAAUAAACUCCACCACAGUUGUGGCUGUCCUCAUUGCCACUGUUGCCUUUGCUGCAAUAUUCACUCUCCCGGGCCAGUACCCUAAACCCCCUGAAAAAGCGCCUCCUGGAAAUAUUGCCCUCGAAGAAGUUCCUCCUGGAUACUCCCCUGGAGAAGCGAAUAUUGCCCCCAGAACAGAGUUUGUAGUCUUCUUUAUCUUUGACUCUUUUGCUCUCUUCAUAUCAUUGGCUGUUGUGGUGAAUUGCCUGCCUCCUAAUUUGUUUUCUGGUCCCUGA